AUGUCCUCUGAACCAGUUGUCGAGGUGUCUGCUGUCUUUGACACCAUUUUGGUUCUAGAUUUCGGUUCUCAGUACUCUCACUUGAUCACCAGAAGAUUGCGUGAAUUCAAUGUCUAUGCUGAGAUGCUGCCAUGUACCCAAAAGAUUUCUGAGCUCACUUGGAAGCCUAAGGGUGUUAUCUUGUCAGGUGGUCCCUACUCUGUUUAUGAUAAGGAUGCUCCUCAUGUUGAUCACGAUGUUUUCAAGCUCGAUGUCCCUAUUCUUGGUAUCUGUUAUGGUAUGCAAGAACUUGCCUGGAUUAAUGGUCGUGGAGUCGCUCGUGGUGAGCACAGAGAGUAUGGUCAUGCUACCAUUCAUGUCAAGGAUAGCGACAACAAGCUCUUCCACGGAAUUGACAACUUCCAAGUUUGGAUGUCCCACGGUGAUAAGUUGAACGACUUGCCCACUGGAUUCAAGACCAUUGCUACUACCGACAACUCUCCUUAUGCUGCUAUUGCCCAUGAGAAGGAGAAUAUCUGGGGUAUUCAAUUCCACCCCGAGGUGACUCAUACUACCAAGGGUAAGCAAUUGUUAAGAAACUUUGCUAUCGAUAUCUGUCAAGCUGAUCAGAAGUGGAACAUGAAGAACUUUAUCCACACUGAAAUUGAGAGAAUCCGUACUUUGGUCGGUGAGCACGGUGAAGUUAUUGGUGCUGUUUCUGGUGGUGUCGACUCCACUGUUGCUGCCAAGCUCAUGAAGGAGGCCAUUGGUGAUCGAUUCCAUGCUAUUCUUGUUGAUAACGGUGUCAUGAGACUCAAUGAGUGUGCCGAGGUCAAGAAGACUCUUAGUGAUGGUUUGGGUAUUAACCUCACUGUUAUUGAUGCUGCUGAUGAGUUCCUUUCCAAGCUCAAGGGUGUUACUGACCCUGAGAAGAAGCGUAAGAUCAUUGGUAACACUUUCAUCCACAUUUUCGAGCGUGAGGCCGCUCGUAUUCAACCCAAGGCUGGUGGUGAGAUUGAGUACUUGCUUCAAGGAACUCUUUACCCCGAUGUCAUUGAAAGUAUCUCUUUCAAGGGUCCUUCUCAAACUAUCAAGACUCACCACAACGUCGGUGGUCUUUUAGAAGAUAUGAAACUCAAGCUUAUUGAGCCUUUGCGUGAAUUGUUCAAGGAUGAAGUUCGUGCUUUGGGUGAGUUGAUGGGAAUUCCUCACGACCUUGUCUGGAGACAUCCUUUCCCUGGUCCUGGUAUUGCUAUCCGUAUCCUCGGUGAGGUCACUCCUGAGCAGAUCAAGAUCGCUCGUCACGCCGACCAUAUCUACAUUGAGGAGAUCAAGAAGGCUGGUAUCUACGACAAGAUUUCUCAAGCUUUUGCUUGUCUUCUUCCCGUCAAGUCUGUUGGUGUCAUGGGUGACCAACGUACUUACGAACAAGUUAUUGCCCUUCGUGCAAUUGAAACUUCGGACUUCAUGACUGCCGAUUGGUACAUUUUUGAUGCCGCCUUCCUUAAAAAUGUCGCCAAGAGAAUUGUUAACGAGGUUGAUGGUGUUGCCCGUGUGGUCUACGACAUCACCUCCAAGCCUCCUGCCACUGUCGAAUGGGAGUAA